AAAUUGAAGAGGUUAACAGAAGAAAAUUUGACCCGUCCCCCUGAAGAAGUUUUUGAUAUUCUCCAAAAGCUUGGUGAGGGGUCAUAUGGCAGUGUUUUUAAAGCCCAUGAUGUGGAUGGCGAUCAGUACCUAGCUAUAAAGAUGGUGCCUAUCGAUACAGAUUUACAGGAAAUUAUCAAAGAAAUAUCCAUCAUGCAACAGUGUGAUAGUCCCUUUAUUGUCAAAUAUUACGGCAGUUAUUUCAAGAACACAGACUUAUGGAUUGUAAUGGAAUAUUGUGGUGCCGGUUCACUCUCAGACAUCAUGAGAAUCAGGAAUAAAACUCUGAACGAGACUGAGAUUGCCACUGUUUUAUCUUACACGUUGAAAGGAUUAGAUUAUCUCCAUUCCCGACGUAAAAUACACAGAGAUAUUAAAGCUGGUAAUAUUCUACUCAAUUCUGAUGGGCAUGCUAAGUUAGCUGAUUUUGGUGUGGCUGGUCAACUGACUGACACUAUGGCCAAGCGUAAUACAGUGAUUGGAACCCCCUAUUGGAUGGCACCAGAAGUUAUACAAGAAAUAGGAUAUGAUUGUGUAGCAGAUAUUUGGAGUCUAGGAAUAACAGCAUUAGAAAUGGCAGAAGGUAAACCUCCGUAUGGAGAUAUCCAUCCCAUGAGGGCAAUAUUUAUGAUUCCCACGAAACCACCGCCAUCUUUCCGAAAACCAGACAAGUGGUCUCCUGAAUUUAUAGAUUUCGUCAGUAAAUGUUUGAUCAAGAAUCCUGAACAACGAGCGACAGCUCAAGAACUAUUAAAGCACGAGUUCAUCCAGCAGGCUGAAACGUCGAGGAUUCUACAGAAGAUGAUAAAGGAAGCUAAUGAUAUUAUGAAAAGUAAACAUCUAGAUCAUUAUUCUAAUGGUGAUGACUCGGGUGAUGAAGAAGAAGAGAGAGAUGAUGGCACAAUGGUGAAAAAUAACGAUCAUGUUGAUGGAACUAUGAAAGCCACAGAAACAGAUACCCUGAAAUCAAGCACAGCUGGUAGUGUUAUUAUCAAGAGUGAUUCCAGCACCAUGAACUCUGAGUUCGGUACCAUGGUGAUCAAUGAAGAUUUAGAAGAGGAAGAUGACAGUACAAUGAAACGUAGUACAGCUGGUAAAGAAAAGUAUCGACCAGCCUAUUUAGAUCAUUUUGAGAAAGAAGAAAAAGAACGAGCUGCUAAAAACGAGAAACCAGCUGGACAGUCGAAAGACAAAGCUUCCGAACCCUCCAAACCUAUCACCCCACCACACCAUUUUCAACGAUGUUUAUACGAUGGGGACUUUGAAUUUUUGCGUAAUAUGCCAUUUGAAGAUUUAGAAGCACGACUAGCUGACCUUGACCCAGAGAUGGAGAGAGAGAUUGAAGAGCUCCACUGUCGAUACCAAGCCAAACGUCAACCAAUCUUAGAAGCCAUAGAUGCCAAGAAAAAACGGCAACAGAACUUUUGA